AUUUCCAACAAAAUAGCGGGAAACGUUUUCUAUUUUGUAAAUAAUCAAUCGUAAUGGUGCAAGUUUUGAUUUCAAUGCCUGACAGUCAAAAAGAAUGUCCGGAAUGGGCAAUUAUUGAUCUUCAGGGAAGUCUCGAAACGAGAAAACCUGUUCCUCUUGGUGGAAAGUUUGUAGGAGAUCUUCAUUUUACAAAACAGAAUGUCCCUAUUCUAAUUAUCGGACACCACAUCCUGUAUGGUAAAAUUGUGGACCUGGAGAAACCUUAUGCUGUUAUUGUGAAAGAGAAUUCCUCACUCACUAAUAAUUCUAUGGACAGUGAUGUCAAGAAUGACAGCAGCAUCAAUUAUGUGGUUAAAGCUCUCAUCAAGAAAAAACUUCUGUUCAAACAGAGACCAAAGCCUAUCAUCGCUAAUAUACCAAAGAAACUGUGAUAUAUAUACUCUAAUAGUGUUAUUUAUUUAGAUUUCUUCAUGUAUUAAACAUAUACAUGUAUGUACACAGACAGCAAUGAAUAAAAUUGUCAUACUAUGUGA